AAUACGUCUGGUAUUGAGCGCACGCGCUCAACUGAUUGCGGUGACAAUAUAAGAGGCAUCCUCGAGCUGGUUAACUUUUUUGAGGUUAAGCAGUACGAGAGGCAAAGCAAUUUCUUUCGAACAUAAGAGCGCAGGAUAAUAAAUAAAGUAAAAAAUCCAGUCAUUCGUUUGGGACUGUAAGAAUUCGAAUACUUAUAAAUUAUGUACGCAAACAGUCCCGAAAGAGUUUCGCAGCUUCCUGCAGAAAAUGAAAUCGUUCGCUUGACCCCGGAGGAAGAACGGAUAUAUAUGGAAUGUAACAAAGAAGCAUUCUUUAAAAAGGGAAUACCUUAUGGUUCUGUGAGUGCGCUCACUGCUUUUGCCGCUAUCAAAACAGGGCUAUUCAAAUCGAGUAAAAAUUUUGGUUAUUAUCCAAUUAUACUGACUGCUGGUGGUAUUGGAACUUUCGUAGGACUGGUUGCUCAUAAAGCUGCUUGUGUACAAAAAAUUUUGGAUAUGCCAAACAGCCAUUUGAAACAGAUGAUUGAAGCAUCCAAGAAUAAGCUUGUAUACCCAGAUGCAAGGAAAAAAGAAUUAGUUACCGAUAGAAUAUACACGGAGGACCAAUCACCGUUGAUGCCAACAUUACAAGUUGACGAUCAUCAUCCCUUAAAUGAUUUUGACACGUUCACAGGCGUCCAUACAGAUUCCGAACAGCGGGACGAUUUUUUCACAAUGGAACCUCUCGACAAAUUUUCUGGGCCAGCAACAACAUAUGAAGAAUUAAGACGAAAAAAUCGAGAGGAAUACAUGAGAUCACAAUUGACGAGGCCAAUGGCAGGCCCCGAAAACCCAAGAACGAGUGGACCACAACCUCCGCCAGCUUUUCCUUCGACUUAUCCAGAGAGCAGUCUUCCCUUUGACCUUGACAGAGUUCCACAGUACCAAUUGAAUGAUUGAAGCGAUUUACAUUCAUUUCGAACUCACGUAUGAUUUGUAUAUAGUGAGUUUUCAGCUUUAUAGUUAAACUUAUUUUUCCUUACUGGAAGAGACGAAAGUAAUAAACGCGUACUUUCAACGUUGA